GGGUGUUCAGCUUCACCCCCCAGAGGUAGACAUGGCAGCCUGUGGUCCUGGGGGCUCACUCUUACAAGGCUUGUGUAUAAGUUUACCGUCUUCAUAUCGACAAUUAUUCCUUCCAACAUGUACGAAGAUUCAACAAAUGAAUUAUGCCAAAGCUCUAGGUGCUGGUAGGAAGGGAAAAGGUAAACUUGGACCAACUGUAGAAAAGGUGCGUCUGCCAGUGGAGACCGACCCUGAGAAGCUGGUAAACAAUGUGUGCGGGUCCCAUCCAGUGAAGGAAAAUCGUGAAGAUAUUAUACUCAAGGAUGACUCGGAGUAUCCAGAAUGGCUAUGGACACUUAGAACUGGUAAGCCCCCACCGAUGAAUGAAUUGGACCCUAAUUCUAAAGAGUAUUGGAAGCGUAUAAGAACUAUGGCCAUGAAAGAGAAGAAUCUGCAUAAGAAAAUAAAGAAAUUCUGAUGGUCUUAUGUCCAAAUAAAAACAAUUGUAUAUUAGCAAUUAAAAUGUUAAAUAUUAGUAGAAUGUGGGAUGCUGUAUGUACAGUACUUGUGUAUUUUAUGAAAGUUAUGAUUGAAAGUUAAAAUUAUAAAAGAUAAUGUUGAAAGUAAACUUAUAUAUGUUUGCUGUUUUAUAUGAAAAUAAAAACGUCUUUAAAGUUA